GAAAAUUAUGCGAGCGGCGCUUAGAAAGUUAACGACAACGGCGGCGGGGUUGUCGUGACUGCACUGGAAAUGUUUCUAGGAGCAUUGGCAAACGUUGCCGAUCGUGUUUUCCUCGCGGCGAUCACCCCGAUCGACUCGAGCGCUGCGCGCUGAAAUCGUGUAGCGCAUGAUCUCGUUUCGCCACCUUCAACGUGGGCUCUCCAAGUUCAGCUCAAGAAGACGGCUCUCCACCUCUUGCGCUCUCGAUCACGGCGGCACCCACGAAGCCAAUGCGUCUUCCGUGGCUUCCCUCCUCGCGCAAUCCCGACAACAGCCCGAUUCGCCGAGCUUGACCCAAGCCCACGCCAAGAUGGUGGCGACCCUCUUGUCCGGAUGCGAUGACAGGCGAGGGUUGAGCCGGAUACACGCCCACGUGAUCCGCUCCCGCUUGUUGGACUCGAAUCCCGUCGCGUUCCACUGGAACAACAUCAUAAGAGCGUACGCGAGGCUAGACGCCCCGAGAAAGGCGCUGCUCGUGUACGCGUUGAUGGCGAGGGCGGGCGUUCCGCCGGAUUCUUACACUCUUCCGAUUGCCUUGAAGGCGGCGUGCCAAUCUUUUGAUUUUGAAGCCGGCAGGCAGGUCCAUGGUGUCGCCGUGAAACAUGGGUUGGAGUGUAAUGAGUUCUGCGAGAGCGGGUUCAUCAGUUUGUACGCCAAGGCGGGAGAUUUCGGUGAUGCGCGCAAGGCGUUUGAUGAAAAUGCUGACAGAAAGUUGGGUUCUUGGAAUGCCAUGAUAGCAGGUCUUGCCCAAGGUGGGCGCUCCAGGGAGGCUAUCGACCUGUUUAUAGAGAUGCGGAGAAGUGGCUUCGUGUUGGAUGACGUGACUUUGGUCAGCGUAACAUCGGCUUGUGGAAGCAUUGGGGACCUAGAUUUGGCACUUCAAUUGCACAAAUAUGUUUUUCAGGCUAAAAAUAUUGAGAAAGCUGAUAUUUUGACGUUCAACUCCCUUAUCGACCUGUACGGUAAAUGUGGUCGGAUGGACUUAGCAUACAAAGUUUUCCUUGGGAUGGAGGAAAGAAACGUAUCAUCCUGGACUUCUAUGAUCGUGGGUUAUGCGAUGCACGGGCUGGUAAGUGAUGCUCUUGAAUGCUUCUGUUGCAUGAGAGAGGCUGGCGUGAAGCCUAAUUUUGUGACCUUUGUUGGAGUACUUAGUGCUUGUGUACAUGGAGGGAUGGUGCAAGAGGGAAAAUGUUACUUUGAUAUGAUGCAGAAAUAUUAUGGAAUAAGACCUCGUUUACAGCAUUAUGGUUGCAUGGUUGAUCUGUUUGGUCGAGCUGGAAGGUUUGAUGAGGCUAAACAAAUGGUGGAAGGGAUGCCGAUGAAGGCAAAUUCAAUUAUUUAUGGAUGUCUGUUGGGUGCUUGUGAGAAGCACGAGAACGUGGAAAUUGGUGAAUGGGUGGCUAAGCAUUUGCAAGAGUUGGAACCGUGGAAUGAUGGUGUUUAUGUGGUAUUAUCUAAUAUUUAUGCCAGCAGAGGUAUGUGGAAAGAAGUGGAGGAAAUGAGAGUGGUGAUGAAGCAGAGAAGACUUGCUAAGCUUCCAGGUUAUAGCUUGGCAACAAAUUCAGAAUGAUAGUCGAUAGAUUGAAGUUCUCAGUUUUCAUAGCUAUGCGAAAUAGUAGUUAGUUGAUGGCACCCUGGAAUUAUCAAAGUUCAGUUCUCACAAUCUUCACAAGUAUCUUUUUCUUCUUUGGAAAGCCAUAGUGAUGAAAGUUUUUGUGCGGUUUGGAGGAAAAUCUUUUUUUGCCCUUGUAUUGCAAGAGCCAGCAAUGCGAUAGUGGCUAGCUGAUUUUAUUCAAACUUAAUAAGAAGGAAACGAAUUCAUGAGCACAUCUUGGUGAGGUACCGUAUCAAGGAUAGGUUCUUUUGGGUUUUCUAUUACUGGGAAAAGCAUUAAAUGAGUCGAUCACGUCAGAUAAGAAGCUAUGAAGGGACCAUGCAUGAUGCAUUAAUGAAUUGAUGUUCACAGUGCUAAUAGUAUGUGAGCUGCUUCAGACAAGGCAGAGACUGGAAAUCUGAUGAAUUUAGUGGAGAAAAGCGGCAAGGUUUCUUAUGGCAGGUUGCUCAUAGUCUCAGUCUGCUCUAUAGGACAUUCUUUUUGUCUCUUCCAUAUUAACUGCUUCAAUUAUUUUAUUUGCAGCUCUUUCAGAUUAAUUAAUAGCAUCUGUUCUUAUUUAUUUUGAGAAUCAAUUGAUGUAUUAGCUCACUAUUUUGGCUUUCAAGCUGCAAUUAAUUCCAAUAUUGCCUCUUUCUUGCAAUGAAAAGAGAAAAGGAGAAUUGGGGGACAUUAUAACUUCACUGACUUGCCGACUACCCGAGAAUGCUUGAAUGAAGCACUUUUUCCAGAUUCUUGCUUUAUAAGAUCUGGA